ACAGUGGAGCGCCGCAACAUGCCCACACACACACGCGCACGACACGCACACGCACGCAGGGACACGCGGACACGCGCACACACACACUCGGCGGGCUGUGCCGGGCGGCCCUUUUGAGCACGAGCGUGCACGUGUCGCUCCUCAUAUUCAUCGAAGAAUUUAUCGCUGCGGGCUGAACGUUUGUUUUGCUUUCUGUUCGUUUCUGCUUCGCGCGCGGACUUGACGACCACGCCGCCUCUGGUCCGGUGCAGUUCUGCACAAUUUUGGUUCGCUUUUUUUUUUUAUUUUUUACAUUAAUUUUACUUUUUUGUAUAAUUCAUUAAACUAAAGAUCCUCGGGCUCGUCGGCCGGGAUGCUCCUCUGGACCCGGAGCGGAUGCUGGUGCGCGUUCAUGGCGCUGAGCGCAGCCCUGGGGAUCGGGAACGCACAGGGAGCGCGCGCGGCGUCCGACGGGAACGCGAUCAGGUCGGGCGCGCCCGAGGAGUCCGUGAGCGCAGUGAAUGGAUCAGGAUCGGGGACAUUUGAAGCUGGAGUGUCCAGGAGAGGACAGAAAGGGACACAGGUGUACCCCUGCACGAGCGACAAGGAGUGCACCGUGGGGAUGUACUGCCACUGCCCGCACCAAGGAACCCCCCGCUGCCUCGCGUGCCGCAAGCGGAAGAAGCGCUGCCACAGAGAUGCCAUGUGUUGCCCCGGCAACCGCUGCAACAACUACAUCUGCGUGCCCAUCUCAGAUGGAGGCGUGUCCCCACGCAGUCCGGCGCUGAAGGGACACCACAAGCUCGUGACCAAGGAGCGCAGCUGGAAGAAUGGUCAAAGCAAACCCCCCGCGGUCAAAGGUCACGAGGGAGACCCCUGCCUGCGUUCGUCCGACUGCGCCGAGGGCCACUGCUGCGCCCGCCACUUCUGGACCAAGAUCUGCAAGCCGGUGCUGCGGCGGGGGGAGGUGUGCACGCGCCAGCGGCGGAAGGGCUCCCACAGCCUGGAGCUCUUCCAGCGCUGCGACUGCGCCCGCGACCUGUCCUGCAAGGUGUGGAGGGACGCCACGUCCGCCUCCAAGUCCCGCCUCCACGUGUGCCAGAAGGCGUGACCCCCCCCCCCGCACCGCCACA